AUGGACUGGAGGACGGUUUUAAUGACGCUGGCGGUGCUGUACCACGUUGAUGGCUUCUCAAAAUAUGGUCGUUCAUGCAAGGACAUCGGAUGUCUGAACAGCGAGGUUUGCGUGUUAGCAGAAGAUCCCUGUUCAUAUGGGCAUAGCUCCAACUGUGGGACAUAUCCUACAUGCAAGAAGAAGUCCCAAGUGGAAGGUUCUCAUUCAGAACCAUCAAAACCAGUUAUGCCCAGACCGACUCCACAGUCACCUACGAGAGAUUUUGAUUCAGCACCACACUAUCCAGCUCCUGCACCACCUUUGAACAACGGUGGCUCCCACUUGGGAGGAAAUUCACCUUACGGCGGAAAUCCACCAUAUGGCGGGAACAACCCUUCACCCUAUGGUGGGAGCAACCCUAGCUCUCCCUAUGGUGGGAGCAACCCUAGCUCUCCCUAUGGUGGCAGCAACCCUAGCUCUCCCUAUGGUGGCAGCUCUCCGUAUGGGGGGAACUCUCCCUAUGGCGGAAGCUCUCCAUACGGAGGAAAUUCUCCUUCUGGCGGAAAUUCCCCGUACGGCGGUAACAACUCUCCCAAUGGUGGAAACAGAGGAGGCAGUCCAUAUGGAGGGUCAAAUCCAAGCUCCGGCUUUGGUUCUGGUGGAAAGAGCGCUCUAGAUAGCAUAUACAACACAAUAAAUAAAUUCGCAAACGGCCAAGGAGGAGCAGGCGGUCAAGGAGGAGCAGGUGGUCAAGGCUUAUCAAACAUCUUUGGGAAUAUCCUGGGUAAUUUGUCCAAGAGUGGAGGGUUAAACAGCCUUUUCAACACUCGACCGUUGAUGGAGAAUCCAAAUUACUCCUCGUACAGCUCAAACUCGAGAUCUAACCCUCAACCUUAUCCAUCAGGAAACCCAGUUUAUCAGACGCCGAACCAAAAUAAGCAAUAUGGGCAAAACGCUCGCCAUAACGGAGCUACGACGAACAAACCAGUGUCCUAUGGGUGGAACAUUGGGUAA